AAGAAAGAUCAGAGAACUUAGAAACAACUGUAUUAGCUAAUACUAUACCUAACAAAGAAGUAAAACAAGAAGAAUUCUCUCCAAUAAUUAUUAUAAACAAUGAUAAUCUUGAGCUACAAGAACUAGAUCAUAUAUAG